AUGCGGGGCACAGGACAGAGGGCUCCCAUCGUGACGCCGUGGUGGACGGUACCUGCGAACUUUGAGAACCCAGUGAACCUUCUCGUUGAAGAUGAAGAAGUGGAGCAAAUAUUCGGCCAAGAUGACAAGUACCUCCGGUGCAUCGAGGAGCACAGUAACACCCUCAUUCAACUGGACAGGUACUAUGUGGCCUGCAGCUACACUCGCAUCAUCAUCACCGGACCUGUUAGGUCACAACGAUGGCUGAUGUACAUGAUGAGUUGCCUGAGGAUCGACGAUCCUGACCUUCAGGCCGAAGGCCUUGAGAUGUUGCAGCAUGUGCGCAGUGAACCGCUGACCAAGGAGGACAUUCGUAAGAUCGAGGCGGAGCACCAGACCUCUCCCGAAGGCCGUGAGCACGAGUGGGACCAUUUCCCUUGA